UGAGGCUUGGUUAGAUAAAUAAAAGAAAGUAAGACUUUCUGGAGACAGUGAGCAGUCUCCCUGCACAUUCAGCCUUGGGCAAGCCCGGAGACCCCUGGUGCUGAGCUGAGAGGCUGAAAUUCUACGGAAGCAUUAGAGAAGGGCCAACCAAAGCCAUGAUAUUUCCAUGGAAAUGUCACAGUGCUCAGAGGGGCUUAUGGAAUGUCUUCAAGUUGUGGGUCCUGACUAUGCUUUGUUGUGAUUUUUUUGCAUAUCAUGGAACUGAUUGCUGGACUUACCACUAUUCUGAAAAACCCAUGAACUGGAUGAAGGCUAGGAAGUUCUGUCAAGAAAAUUACACAGAUUUGGUUGCCAUACAAAACAAGGGGGAGAUUGAGUACCUGAAUAAGACGCUUCCUUUCAGUCGUAGUUACUACUGGAUAGGAAUCCGGAAGGUGGAAGGGGUAUGGACUUGGGUGGGAACCAAUAAGUCUCUCACCGAAGAGGCGGAAAACUGGGGUGAUGGGGAGCCCAACAACAGGAAGACUAAGGAGGACUGUGUGGAGAUCUACAUCAAAAGGAGCAAAGACUCCGGGAAGUGGAAUGAUGAUGCCUGCCACAAAGCCAAGAGAGCCCUCUGUUACACAGCUUCUUGUCAGCCCAGGUCAUGCAGUGGCCAUGGACAAUGUGUGGAAGUCAUCAACAAUUAUACCUGCAACUGUGAUGCAGGGUACUACGGGCCCCAGUGUCAGUUCGUGACUCAGUGUGAGCCUCUGGAGGACCCAGAGCUGGGUACCAUGGCCUGUAUUCACCCUUUGGGAAAGUUCUACUUCACAUCCCAGUGUACCUUCAGCUGCUCUGAGGGAACUAACAUAACUGGGAUUGAAGAAACCACUUGUGGACCAUUUGGAAACUGGUCAUCUCCAGAACCAACCUGUAGAGUGAUUCUGUGUGAGCCCCUAACAGCACCUGAUUUGGGAAAUAUGGACUGUAGUCACCCUCUGGCCAGCUUUGGCUUUACCUCCACAUGUACCUUCAACUGCUCAGAAGGAACACAGUUAAUCGGGGAGAAGAAAACUAUUUGUGGAUCAUCUGGAAACUGGUCCAGUCCUAGUCCGAUAUGUCAAAAACUGGACAGGAACUUCUCAAUAAAUAAGGAGAUCGACUAUAACCCCCUCUUCAUUCCUGUGGCAGUCAUUGUUACUGCAUUCUCAGGGUUGGCAUUUAUCAUUUUUCUGGCAAGGAAAUUAAAAAAAGGCAAAAAGUCUCAGAGAAGGUUUGAAUUCUUCACCAGACAUUCUAAAAGGACCUGGCAAGAAAGAAAUAUCUGCCCAGCUGCCUUGGGAUACUUCAAAUUUAUUGGACCAAGUGACCAUAGAAUCAUAGAAUUUUUGUUCUGAACAGGAUCUCGAUGGACAUGGUUUUCAAACUCUCUUAAUAAUUGAGCUAAUUGAAUAACCUUCCUAUAGUCCUUGAGCUAGUGACAGUUAGUUUCAGUAAUAUUAAACAUGUAUCAAAUGUUAAUUCAAUGCUGUGCACUGUUCUGAGUGUUUUACAUGUCUUAAAUCAUUAAAUUUUGCCUACAAAUCCUGUGUGUAUAGGUAUUAAUAUUUCCAUUUUACUGGUGAAGGAAGAGAGAAAUUCAAUAACUAGGCAAAGCUGAGAUUUGUACCCAUCUAGAUCCAAAGAUCAUGCUCUGAACCUUAAUGCUUCUAGAACUCAGGUAUCUUGAUGCCCAGGCUGGAGGUGUAAGUCCCAGAUACCCUCCUCCUCCAGUAGUGUAAUUUUUUAUUUUGCACUGAAACCAGUGUGUGAUGGCACUGAGGAAGGGUGGGGUGGAUGAAAUAGGGUGUGUUUCCAGAAAAAGCCAAAGGUAAAAUGAACACUAUCACACUCAACACUACAUAUCAGUUUUUGUUGUUGUUUAUUUAAAGUCCUUGAACUGACAUUCACAGUCCUUUGAGCUUAUUCCUAUUAGCAUUUGGUUGGUGAAUGACUGACUCCUAGGGCAUUUGUGGUUUCAACUCUUGCUGGGUUAUUUUGACUCUUCUGCAAAAUGGUUCUGUUUAUCACCUCAUUUGGUUUCUAGAAUCUAAAUUCUGCCUGGGUAAAAGCUACACCCAAGAUACACAGGAAGAUACGAUGCCAACCUCAGAGGAGGGUAUAUGUGAGAUUUUGUUUUCAGAAACAUUUUCAUCUCUAUAACUGGCAAGCACGUUUGCAGCUGCUGAACUGUGGUUUACUCUGGCAGUUCAUCAUGAGAACAGAAUCUCAGAAUCUUGUUCUCCUUUUGAGAGGUGUUAUUAAGACCUACCAUAUUUGGUUCUCCCCUAUUCUUUCCAAGAAUGAGACAGUUGUUUUGUGCACACAUACAUACCACUUUUUUUCUCAUGAAACUAAAUUUGUCAUCAUCUCCUUAAAUCCUAUGCCACUAGAAUCAGGCAUUUAGAACCACCACCACACCUUGCAUGAAUUUUGGUUUUCUCUGAUUUCUCUAUCCAUGUGAACAUGUUGUCUUCUACUUUUCUGGCUUUCUGCUGUUCAAAAUCUAUCUAAAAUGUCCUUUAUAUUCACUGGAUCUGAAGACAAAGCCUGUACUGCUGAGAUUUCUCUCAGUGUGAUCUGAGGACCAGCCGCUUACACAUUACCAGGGAGCUUGUUAGAAGCCAUAAAAAAGAGGUAAAUAAUUCUAUUUGCAGGAACAUGGAUGGACCUAGAGAUUAUUUUAC